UCUGUCCACCGCCCGCCAGACCCAGUCUCCCCGGUCCUCCGCCCUCAGGACCCGGCGUAGGUGCAGGUGCAGCGCGCCACCUCCCUCCCAGCCCGGCGCAUCCCGCUGGGCGGCCAUGGCGCGAGGAGACGCCCCACAGGACAGCUACCACCUGGUCGGGAUCAGCUUCUUUAUCCUGGGCCUGGGCACGCUCCUUCCCUGGAACUUCUUCAUUACGGCCAUCCCGUACUUCCAGGGGCGGCUGGCAGGAGCCAACACCACCGCCGGGACCCUGGACACCAACCACACAGGCCCUGCAGACACCUUCAACUUCAACAACUGGGUGACGCUGCUGUCCCAGCUGCCGCUGCUGCUCUUCACACUCCUCAACUCCUUGCUGUACCAGUGCGUUCCUGAGACGGUGAUUCUGGGCAGCCUGCUGGUCAUCCUGCUGCUCUUUGCCCUGACGGCAGCAUUGGUCAAGGUGGACAUGAGCCCUGGGCCCUUCUUCUCCAUCACCAUGGCCUCUGUUUGGUUCAUCAACUCCUUCUGUGCAGUUCUGCAGGGCAGCCUCUUCGGGCAGCUGGGCACCAUGCCUUCCGCCUACAGCACCCUCUUCCUCAGCGGCCAGGGCUUGGCUGGGAUCUUCGCUGCCCUUGCCAUGCUCAUGUCCAUGGCCAGUGGCGUGGAUGCCCAGACCUCCGCCCUGGGGUACUUCAUCACACCCUGCGUGGGCAUCUUCUUGUCCAUCGUGUGUUACCUGAGCCUGCCCCACCUGGAGUUCGCCCGUUACUACCUAGCCAAGAAGCCAUCGCAGGCGCAAGGUCAGGAGCUGGAGACCAAAGCUGAGCUCCUCCAAUCUGAUGAGAAGAACGGUAUUCCCAACAGUCCCCAGAAGGUAGCCCUGACUCUGGAUCUUGAUGCUGAGAAGGAGCCAGCGCUGGAGCCAGAGGAGCCCCAGAAGCCGGGAAAACCUUCCGUUUUCAUUGUCUUUCAAAAGAUCUGGCUGACGGCGCUGUGCCUUGUGCUGGUCUUCACGGUCACUCUGUCCGUGUUCCCUGCCAUCACGGCCAUGGUGACCAGCUCCACCAGUCCUGGGAAGUGGAGUCAGUUCUUCAACCCCAUCUGCUGCUUCCUUCUCUUCAACAUCAUGGACUGGGUGGGACGGAGCCUGACCUCCUACUUCCUGUGGCCCGAUGAGGACAGCCGGCUGCUGCCGCUGCUUGUCUGCCUGCGUGUGCUGUUCGUGCCGCUCUUCAUGCUGUGCCACGUGCCCGAGAGGUCCCGGCUGCCCGUCCUCUUCCCGCAGGACGCCUACUUCAUCACCUUCAUGCUGCUCUUCGCCGUCUCCAACGGUUACCUCAUGUCCCUCACCAUGUGCCUGGCGCCCAGGCAGGUGCUGCCACAUGAGAGGGAAGUGGCUGGCACCCUCAUGACCUUCUUCCUGGCCCUGGGGCUCUCCUGUGGAGCCGCCUUCUCCUUCCUCUUCAAGGCUCUGCUCUGAAGGGCUCCAUCUAGGGCUCGCCCACAGCUCUCUUCUCGCUGCCCCUUCGGAGCUGAGACCCAACGCAGGGGGAAUGGCGAGCCGGGUUCAAGCCUCUGCUGGGCGGGGGCCCCUUGGUCUGCGGGUCCCAGGAGGAGGCGGGUGUUGCUCUCCUUCCCCAGCUGGUGUCCGCUUGGGGGCUGCAAGGAAGAAUUCACCAGCGGCCAUUCUAACCCUCACCCGGGAAUGGAGCUGACGCACAGAGACAGACUCUUUAGAGGUGCACAAGACCUCAUUCCAAGGGCACCGAUCAGAGCGAAGAGGGCCAAGGGCCCUGGCCCUUCCUCACCAUCAAGAGUACAUUUGUUCAUCUCAAGAAAUGCACUUGCUAAUCUGUGGGGACCGGAGGCCACCAGCGGGGUCUUGCCAAGGGUGUGGCUGGUGUGGCCCAGCCUCAGGUUGAGAGUGGGAGUGGGGAUCGGCCCGGGGCAGGUGCUCCUCUUCUCCCCAGGCCUCAGUAACCCCAGGGCAGAGGAUGCCAGGAAAGCUGAGGGCAGCAGGAAGAAGGCACAGACAUUAGGGAUCUGAGGGUACCGACGGGACGGGAACCUGUGGGCCCCAAACAGUGUUUUCAUUGCCAAGACUUAACUGUCUCCACUCCCCAGGGCCCGGCUGGGCCUAGUCCCGGAGCUGCAGUUAGCCUCCAUGGGUGCGCUGCACUUUUCAGUUUGCAAAGCUCUUCCAUCCCCGCUCUCUCACUGAAGUCACACUGAGACCCUUGGGGGGAGCCAGGCAGGGAUUGUGCUCUCCCUUUGUGCAGGUGAGGAAACCGAGUCUCGGGGGAAACGAUUGGUCCGUGGCAGAGCCGGGACCCAGCCCCCGCCCCCCUCCUCCCUGUAGGUGCUGUUCUUCUUGCCCCCCACCUGCUUCUCUUUCCCUCAAGAGGCUCAAGGCAGGAGUCCUAAGCACUUACUCCAUAUUUUGGCUGUUUCUCCCUCCAACCCUGCUCCCGGAUCUAAUAACAACCUUCUUCAUUUGUAUAAUCAAUUCACUGAGUCUUUAUUUCCAAAGUGCUUUCAGCUCUAUCGGCUUUGAUGAGCUGGGUGGGGUAGGGAUGAUUGUACUCAUUUGACAGAUGGGAUGACUGAGGCCCUGAGAGAGGCCGGAAUUCGUGGGCAUCCCUAUGCUGGGCCCUCUUGACCACAUGGUGGCCUGUGCUCCUGGGCAGAGCACCUGGCUGCAUGAACCACUAGGGCUCCCCCCACAGGUGUCCUGCCUCCCCC